AUGCUGAAAGAUGCAGUGCUACCCCCAUCGACUGACCACACCUAUGCUCAGUGGCUUGAAAGGACAGAUACACCUAUGUGUGUCCAACCAUCACCAUUCAAGAAAAUUUGCAUCCCACAAAAACAAAGCAGUGGAGAGGGUGAGAUGGAAUAUUUGAUUUAAACAUUGUUGUGUUUUAUAGACCCUGAUUUUGAUUACUCAGUAUUGAACCUGCCAGUUAAUUCAUGUUUACCUUUCAUUUUGUACCCUUUGUUUUUAUUUCAUCAACAGUCAUCAGUGUCCAAAUUAGUAAAUCUGUGGCAAUCAGCAAUGUGACAUUGCAGUCAGAAGACACAAGAGCCUGCUUGCUGUGUUUAACGUUAGGAGAUGAUCUACCCAAUGUGAGAAGUUGUUAAAAUAAUCUCCCAUUUAAAAAAAUUUAAUUUAAUAUUUCUGUGCUUACUUUUUUUCUCUCUCUCUCUCUCCUUGAUAAAGUUUAACAUAUUUAAACAUCAGUGUUAAUUAAUAAUAUGCUGAAUACAUCAAAAGUAAAUCUGUUAUUUCAAGUGCUAAGGCUAGAAAUCUCUUUUUAAAGUGAAAAUUUUGAAUUUUUUCACCCCAGAGUGCGGGCCGUCUGUUGUACUGUGGGCAAGAUGACUGGAUCCACAUCAAUUGUGCUUUGUGGUCUGCCGAAGUUUUUGAAUCUUCUGAUGGAUCUCUACAGAAUGUACCAGAAGCCGUUAGCCGAGGAAAGAAGCUGGUAUGA